AGGCGAAUAGCCGACCGAGCCCGAGCGCCCUUCCUCCCCUCUUCUUCUCCUUCGACUUUGUUCGACUCCCCUCCUUCCCGGCAGAGGAGAGGAGAGGAGAGGAGAGGACUCAUCCAUCAUCAUCAAUCAACGCCAUGACGAGCUCCUCAUCUCCUUCCCGAAAGGCGCUGAGCAAGAUCGCUUGCAAUCGGCUGCAGAAGGAGCUCGCCGAGUGGCAGGUCAGCCCUCCCUCCGGGUUCAAGUACAGGGUCUCCGAUAACCUCCAAAGGUGGGUAAUCGAGGUCACCGGAGCGGCGGGCACGCUCUACGCCGGCGAGACAUACCAGCUGCAGGUCGACUUCCCUGAGCAUUAUCCCAUGGAGGCGCCUCAGGUCAUUUUUCUCAACCCGGCGCCGAUGCAUCCACACAUUUACAGCAACGGGCACAUCUGUUUAGAUAUACUGUAUGAUUCUUGGUCACCUGCAAUGACUGUCAGUUCGGUCUGCAUCAGCAUUUUGUCAAUGUUGUCAAGUUCACCAGCAAAGCAACGCCCUCAAGACAAUGACCGCUAUGUUAGGAAUUGCCGCAAUGGGAGGUCGCCGAAGGAGACCAGAUGGUGGUUCCAUGAUGACAAAGUGUAAGAGGAACUAGUUGGCACUUUUGCCAUUCAGUAAUCGUAAUACCUUGAAAUCUCUUGCAAGGGGAAAAUGAGAUGAAUGUAGGCUUACUGUUAAGCAUCACUCUAUUGGACCACCAAGCUUAACUGCUGGGUUGGUUUGUACAUGAGCUGCCUGCACACAUGUCAAGUCAUGAAUAUAAUAUUACCAUAAAUGAUUAUACAGAAUAAGCAAGUGUACCAUGCUGAUUCUCUGAUACGAUCGAGCACAAAAAGAAUAGCGUAUUGAACUA